AUGGCGGACGAGGGGCGGCCCAAGCUGGCCCAGAAUCCCGCAGGUCGCGAGGUCGGCAUCAUCAAGUCCGAGGAGGAGGAGGACGAUCGUCACCACCGCCCACAGCCGCUCCAGCUCGGCGGCGACAGUAAUACCGGCAACAGCAACAGCAACAAUGGCACCAACAACGGGAGCCAAAAUGACAACAGAGGCGGCGGCGGCGGUGGUAGUGGUAGCGCGGUAACUCUGCCAUCGUUUAGGGAAGCUUAUGGCACCUAUGCCCGUUACGAACCUCCGCGCCCGCCGCACCAUGACCCAGCCGGCCGUCCCAUGCCAGGCCCGCCCCGGCCGUACGGCGAGGACCCGAACCAGCAUCGCCUUCCUGGUCCCCCUGGACCCCCUGGCCUCCCGGGUCCGCAUGGCCCGCCCGGCCCUCCCGGCCCUCCCGGCCAUCCCAGUCAGCAUGGUGGCCCCCCGGAUCCUUACGCUUCUCGCAUGCACCCGCACCCCGAGCAGGGAUACCGCGACAGCUAUCCCUACGGCGCCCCGUAUCACCCGUACCAAGACCAUCCUCCCCCUCCGCAUGGCCAGUACUGGCCUCAGCAGCAAAUGCCGCAGUACCAGAAUGGUCCGCCCGAGACCGCACCACGCCAGCGCACUUCUAUUGCGUGCAAGUAUUGCCGUAAACGCAAGGUUCGUGUUUUGCGUCUUUUCUACUUUGUGUGGCACCUGUUUCGCAUGAUUUCUCUACUAACACUACGAAAUCAGAUUCGCUGCAGCGGCUAUCAGAAUACCCCUGAUGGCAAAUGCACGAACUGCAAGAAGACGGGCAACGACUGUGUGUUUCAGCCUGUCUCCUCGACAACCUCUACGGCCUUUGUACCAGUGUCUGCCAUCCAGGGUGGCGUGCCUCCUGGCACCCCGCUGUACGGCGCUUUUGGCCAGCCACUUGGUCCCAAUGGGGGACGUGGCCCCAACGGUCCUCCCGGCGGCGGCCCUCCUCCCAGUGCUGGCCCGAUGAAUGGUCCCGGAGGCCACCCUGGCUACGGCCCGACUUCUCCCGGCGCUGGUGGUUUCUACCAGCAGCAGCCUCAUGGCCCCCCGCACAUGGAUCGUGGACCCCCGUAUGGACCUCCGCAUCCAUCGUCUCAAGCUCCUCCUCCGCCCGGUCGCCAGUUGCCGCUUCCGUACCCUCAGCACCAACAGCCUGCCGGCUACCCCGGUGAAGACCCGCAGCGCGCUCGCAAGCGGACCCGCGAAGAAGAGGAAGCCGAAUUCCCGAACCGUUUGCCGCCACCGCCUCCCUACGGCAACUACCCGCCCGCCAGUCACGAAAUGGGCUACUAUCGCGGACCAGAGGACGCCCGUCGUUCCCCGCCCUCGAUGAAUGGUUCUACCUCUGGACCCGGCUCCGCUGUUUCCCCCUCGACUAGUGCCCCCCGUGGCUACGGGACGCCUGCACCUCCGGUACUUCCGCCACCCCCUAUGUCCUCUGUGGGUACCGACAGUACCAGCGCCCGUAGCAACGGUAGUGUUUCGGGUACCACCGCCACACCGCCCACGGAACACCGUGGUUCCAGAUCCCCAAGUGGUGAAGCGGAUGACAAGUCUAAGCUUUCGGCGUCUGGCUACUACGCGUUCACUUUUCAAGCCAACAACGUGCGCGAGCCAAAGGCUGGCGGGGACAUUGACAACUCCAUGCUAAGGCGAUUUUGA